AUGCCAACCUCAACCUCAACCACAACAACAGCAGCAGCAGCAGGAGGAGGUAGUGUUGGUAGUAGUAGUAGUAGUAGUAGUAGUGGUAUAUUAGUUAAACUAUUAUUCCCACCCACCUCAUCAAUCAUAUCAAAGAUCUUAUUAAUACAUAACCAUCAAAAGGUUUCAGAUGUCAUUCAGUAUGCUACCCAAUUAGGAUCUCUUCAACCUGGAUAUAGUCUUUACCUUUGUUCAAAAUCAUCAUCUUCCUCUUCUUCUUCCAAUGAACCAAAACAUGGAGGUAGGGGAGGAGGUCAAUGGUUAGAUGAUAACUCAUUAUUAUCUUUGUACUCUAUAAAUAGUUCUGAUAACAUUCAAAUUAAAAGAAGACCAGGAUUUAAAAAUAGAAAGAAUACACUUUUGACGAUCAAAGGUCUAAAAGAAGGAAAAGUUCAAAAAUUAUCAUCGCUUGCAAACAUAUGGGAUACAAGGUAUCUUAGGUUGUAUUCUCAAAGAUUAGUGCAUACAACCAGCGAAAAUGACACUGGCACAAGUGAUUUUAUUUCAUUCUCUGAUAUUAUCAAUGUUGAUAGAGAUAUCAAUAGGAAAUAUUCUUUUGUAAUAUUUCAUUAUUCUCCACUUUCAAAUAAUCAAAAUAAUAAUCAAAAUAAUAGAGAAAAAAAAGAAUAUAUAUUUAGAUGUAGGAAUCAGAUAGAGAUGGAUGAAUGGGUUGAGUCCAUACGAUCAAUUCUAAAAAAAUCAAGACCAGAAUUACUCCUUCCUCCACUUUCUCCUCUUAAUGUUUAUCAUAAUAACAAUAACAACAAUAACAACAACAACAACAACAACAACAAUAGUGUAAAUAAUAACCCAAAUCCAAUGUUGUCAUCAUCAUCACAAGAAAUCAAUCAAUUUUCAACAACAUCCUCUACAAUCAUUGUACCGUUGGAUCAUAGUAUAAAUAGUAGCAGUAAUAAUAAUAAUAAUAAUAAUAAUAACAAUAACAAUACAUUUGCAAUACCAUCAUCACCUGCAAGUGAAAGAGGAACCAAAAACAGAUCGUUUUCAUUCUCUGCACUUAAAUCAAAGAGAAAAGACAGCUUAGGCAAUAAUGUAUCGACACCAAUACCUUUUCCAUUGAAACCAACCCAGUUAACAGUAGAGGAGGAAUUAAAACAAAUGAAAUUAAAUUUUGAAAGAGAAUCGAAAAUUAAAAUGGAUCUUGAAAAAAAGUAUCUAAAGUUGAAGAAAAAAUAUGUUGCCAUUAAAAAGAAAACGGACCCAACAAGUAGUACUACAACAAAUAAUCCUACAACUCCAUCAUCAAUUGCUCAAUCGAUAACAUCAAUGAUUACUCGGUCAAGAUCAUUUUCAACACCUGCCCCAGUUAGUCCGGAAUUAUUAAAAAAAAAGAAACAAGACAACAACAAUAACAACAAUAAUAACAACAAUAACAAUAACAACAACUACAACAACAUUGAAUCAAAUAUUAUUAAAAGCGAUAGCAGUGAUAAUAUUAGUGAAGCCAUUUCAACACCAACAACUCCAUAUCAAUCUCGUAAUGGUGGAUGGACACCUGCCACAUCACCUUUUGUCAUUGGAUCCACUAGGAUCAAAACUAUGCUCAGAGGAGAUCGAAGAAGUGUCGAUACAUCAUCAAGUUGUGGUGGUGGUGGUGGUGGUGGUGGCGGGGGAGCGUCAAACAGCCUGACAACAGGGGACUUUACAGAAAAUACGCUUAGUAUCAUGGAGGAGGAUGACGACGACAGCAGCAAGAUGGUAGAUGAAAUCCGAGAGUUAAAGGACCAAAUUCAAAGAUUUAAAGAUAAAUUUUCUGGAGAGUCAUCAAAGAGCCAACAAUUGCUCGUUGAAAAGAAACAGUUGGAAAAGGAUCUUUACCAAAUCAAAAAACUGACAGAACGAAAAGAAAAAGAACAACACAACGAAAAUAGUAAAUUUAAUCUCAACUUGGAUGAACUAGGAGAUAUUGCAUCAAAAAUGAAACAAUCAUUGACAAGACUUGCUGGAUACUUGGAAAAUCAUUCUGAAGAUGAAGAAGAAGAAGAAGAAGAAGAGGACGAAAUGGAAGAGAAUAUUUCUUCAAUAAUAGAGCAAGAUGAAGAAUUGAUGAUUGAUAACAGUAUGGAAAUUAAUUAA